GUGUGGAGGUGGUGGGGGUCAGAUAACAGACUGGGGGGGUGAGGGCGACAGAAGGGCUAUUUUUAACAUCCAUUCAAACCAGAGACUGAGUGAGAAAGAACGAGAAAGAUAGAAGCAGGCCUACAGCAGUCUCUUAAGAGAAGGGCGAAGGAGCCAGCGUGAUAAAGCGUUUGUGAGGACCAUGGAUCUGUGCUACAAUAAAGGCUGCGGGGAGCGCUUCGACCGCAGCACCAACAAGGAAGACGCCUGUCUCUUCCACCCUGGGGUCCCCAUCUUCCACGACGCCCUCAAGGGCUGGUCUUGCUGCAGAAAGAGGACAACAGACUUCUCAGACUUUCUCUCCAUCAAGGGCUGUACCCACGGUCGCCAUAACGACGAGAAGCCUGAGGAGCCCCUGCGUCCGGAGGUGUCAUCGGAAAAGGGCGGGGCCAAAAGGACCAAUGGAGAGGAGAUCAUCUACAGGGGUCCAAAGUCAGCCGAGGCCCUGCAGAGGGAGAGACCCAGUUCAGAGGAGCCGCUGAAGAAGCUUCCCCAGAAGGUGUCCGCGUCGCUGGCCAAGGUGCUGGAGAAGAUGGACCUCAGCAACCGAGCCGAGCAGGCCAUGAAAGAGAGUCAGGUGGUCAUGCCGGGAACGAGAUGCAAGAACAUAGGAUGUAAAGGAACCUACCAAGGGCCUGAGACAAACUCGGAGAUCUGCACGCAUCACCCCGGUGCGCCCAUCUUCCACGAGGGGUAUAAAUCCUGGAGCUGCUGUUGCAUCGAGACCUUCGACUUCAACGCCUUCCUGGACCAGAAGGGCUGCAGUACAGGGACACAUUGUUGGAUUGCCAAACAGGACAAGAAAAAGGUGGCGUGCCGACAAGAUUGGCACCAGACUGCCGACACAGUGUUUGUGACAGUUUACGCCAAAAAUGCAAAUCCAGAAUUUUCCUUUGUAGAAGCCAACCGUACAGUGAUCUGCUGCGACAUCCAGUUUGAAAACAACAAGGUGUACAAAAGGGAGUUCCACCUAUGGGGAGUGGUGGAUGUGAAGCACAGCAAGGUAAGCAUGGUUCCCUCCAAGGUGGAGAUCUCGCUUCGCAAGGCCAACACCGUCUCCUGGGGCAAGCUGGAGGACCCCAACUUCAAAGCCCCGCCCGAGCCAAUCAACACAGAAUCCUUCGGCGUAACGGCGGAGGCCCCGCCCGAGUGGGACAUCGAAGACGACGACAUCAGCGACUCGGACGACGAGUGGAAUUACGACAAGCCCCCGAAGAAGUCGCCGUGGGGGGAGGAGGGGGAGGAGGAGGAGAAGACGAAGGAGGGGGAGAAGGAGGGGGAGAAGAAGAAGGAGGGGGAGAAGGAGGGGGAGAAGGAGGGGGAGAAGAAGAAGGUACCGGAGGAGGAGGGUGAAAAGAAGAUGGUGGAGAAGGAGGAGGAGGAGGAGGAGGACAGUUUUUAUGACGACCUGCCCCCGCUGGAUGACUGAGGAACUGCAGUCUACUCACACACUUCUCAAAAAACAUACAAACAAACAUUAUUAAACAUACUCACAGAACCUGCCCAGACAAAAUCGUCCACAUUGUGGAUGAUGUUUCAAAAGGUCUUGUUUUUAUUUUACAGUGAUGGGGAGCUUGUUUUUGAUUGAAUACUAAUUAUCUUAAAGGCCUAAUAUGUAACAUUUUCACAUUAAAAUAUCUUCAAACGACGAGACCUAUGUUAUAUAUUUUGUUAAAUUGUGUACCUACAUUAUCCAACUUAUUUCAUACAAUGAUAAAGCCAAAAUAAAUGUGCAGUAUUAAUUA